AUGUUCUCGAAUGUUGAUCCUUUCAUGCAACAGCACCAAAUCAACCGUUCAUCCGAAUGGCCGACAGAAAUAAGCUCUGUCUGCACCCUGUUGGACACCCCAAUUCCUGUCCAAGUUUUGAGCAAAUCAUAUCCACCCUUUUCGUGCAGAACUUCCCACUUGCUCGGUGAACUCUCGGAAUUAUUGGUUCGUUCACCAAGCAGGUUUGGGAGCAAUGAUUCUUCAUCGGAGGUACUGGACAUGUUGGACCUCAUAUUAUCAAGCAUAUCUAUACUUCGUGUAAUUAUGGAAGAUGCCCUCCGGUCGACUACGCCUUUCUGGUCGCUGUUAAUUCGCUCGCUCGCCCACGUAUGCUACGACAAAUCAGAAUCUGCUCCAUUUGUGUGUGCACGGUUGUCUCCCACGCAAGAGGCCAAACCAGACGGUCAUGCAUCUCUUCUGAUUUCUCAUCUGGCUGAAGAACUCGAGCUGCCCAAAGCCGACCUGCAGGAUCUUCCACGACAAAAACCUCCCAAAGAUAUGGAUGCAUUUUCGGAAGGCUCGUAUGACGAUGAUGACGACGAAGAGUCAUCCACUUUCGAUAGCGAUAGCAGUUCCUACCAUAGCGAAAUUUCAACAGAUCCUACAUCAGUUUCCUCAUGCCAUAUUCCCCUGGGUGCUCAUCUUCUGGCAUAUUGGCGAUGCCACGAUGCUGCCGCCCUUCCCUUCCUUUGUGUUACCGAUAAAGAAAACAUCCUGCCCCUCAUCAAUAGUUCCCUUUAUCAACGGUACACUUGGGGAAUAGACGAGCCAGUGGUUGGCAUUGUUCUCUCGAAAACUGGGUGUGUCGGCCGAGUGAUAUUCGGCUGGAUCGAGGUACCUGCCGAGCCUCAUGCUCUGGCGAUUCAUGUCGCGUAUUCCGAUCAAGAGUUCUCUGACUCGUCCUUAGGGAUCUACCACCUUACAGACCCAGCUUCUGCGCUCCAACUUUCGCAGUUCAUUCUGGGUCUCCGGACUCACGUGAAGAGGAUUGUUGAGCAAUGCCCUAGUUCGACGUUCAAGCCUUUUUCGUGGAGACCUGACAGUACUGAUGGACAGCACGGUACCGAAGAACAAUGGGAAAGACGAAUUCACUCUUGGCUGAGUGAUAUUCCCCCGCCACGUGAAAGCAGCAAACGACGAUCAACGUCUUGUUCCGCGCUGGGACGAAAAGCGGUCGAAGGUAUAGCUCCGACAAAUAAACUGUCGUGGGGCAGUUAUUCGCACGAUCGUAAAGUCAUCAGUAUCGCCGCAAUAGAUUUGGGGCCCAGUCAUUCGAACGAUACAGUGGCAGCGGAUGAAAUCAACAACAUGAAAGCCGUUUACGAUCAGCUCACUGGAUACCAAGCCCCACCCGGGAGGGAAGAUAUGCCGCUCGUCGAUAAAAGGAUGAAUGGAAUUCGAGAUCAUUUCUUCAAGCAGAUGGAAGAAUGCCCACGAGAUACGACUCUUUCCUCGGCACACACCGCCACCAUCGCGGACUCCUUUUCGUCCCUGUGUUGGGCCUCUGUUGGAGGCUUCUCGAAGAUGGUGGCCCAACAAGAGACCAACGAAGCGGAAGCAAGACACGACUGGGAUUUUCUCAUGUACCUCAUGUAUCUUUCGCAGAGCGAUAUCAACCCUUCUCGUCCACUCUUAGAGCGUACUAUCUUCUUGUCGCGAAAUGUCGCUGUGGCUUCCUUUGAUGAUCCUAAUUUUGUACAAACAUUCAAGGCAUGCGUUAGAGAAUCGCUGGCUUGCAGUCGACACACCGCUGCGUCAGCCAACGAGUGGUUCACAGACCUAUCUGAUGUGUUUUUGCAGGCCAAUGAAGCCUACAACAUAUGCAUCAAGCAGACCAAGGCUGUUGUCAAUCUGUUCGAGGUGCAUAAUGUAAAGGACGUGAUCCAGACUCGCGCAGACAUGGAGCCAAAAACGGCAACAUGUGACCUAAUUCUCCCUCUUCCUCUCGACGUUCCCCACAUUCUUCCCGCGCCUCUUAUUCGAAUGGGCAAGCCAAAGCCUGGUGAUGAUGCAGACCAAGCAACUGGGAGCAAAAGCGGAAGUCGCAGAUCGUCAGUAUCAGGUCGCCCAACAAGUUUCGUCACUAGCAGGUCCCUCCAUUAUAUUCCGGAAGCUCGAGAUUCCUCAGAGGAGCAAGAAAAAGUCAUGACGAAUCUGAUUACUUCCGUAGUUCAACAAGGCCCUGUCAUGCCAGAGGAAGUUGAUGCCGAAAAAUUCCGAUCCAGUGAUCUCCAAGAUCCAUUCAGCGUCAACCGCUCGGAAACGCGGAAAGCCGAACCUCUCCCUUCUGAUACUGUCAAGGAAGUCAGGUCUUUGGUGGGCCUUUUGUUACUUGCCGUUUUAGUUGGGGAGUAUAAGAAGCACUCCGAUAGAGGGUUUAUGAAACCUCUUGUCCAGACAAGAAUGUAUACUGAAGCAUCUUGCCGGCACCUUGCUAGCCUGGGUGUCACCGAUCACCCUGUGUUUGGUCUCGCUACGAAUGGUUGCGAAGGCGCUGUGUUCAUGGGCUGGUAUUCUCGAGCUAAGGAUGUUGUUUACCUUAUGGAGAGAAAUAUUCGAACGUUCAAUAUAUCGUCUCCCUAUCCAAGUGUAUCAUUUUGCGACUUUUAUUCUUCGUCUUCGCGAUUACAGCCAGAGUGUGCUGAAGGCGAAGGCGUUAAAAGCACUUGGUGA